AUGUGGCCCUACUAUGACCAGAACCAGUUGGCACCCCUGCCCUACGUGUUCACUCAGGUUGGCUACCCGUUCGCCAGCUAUAUCCUAACAGUCGGUGCAAUGGCCGGACUACGCCAGCCCCAGACCGACGAAAAGAUGUCAUUUAAGAUACCGGGCGUUCCGCUCAUACCUGUGCUCAGCGUUUUCGUCAACAUCUAUCUAAUGAUACACUUAUCGAGUCUAACGUGGAUUCGGUUCGGGGUUUGGAUGGUAUUAGGAAUGUUAAUGUAUUUCCUAUACGGAGUGAUCGAAAGCAUUGGAUACCUGAGCGACAGCCAGAAGAGCACAUACCUGAGGGAAGAGAGGCCAUCGUUCAGCGCACCCACCACUACAAUACCCAGUAGUCCGUCCACACCAGACCUGUCACGGCCGCAGACAUCCCGUUCCCAUACGUCAGACGAGGACACGACACGAAUUGCGCACAAAACACACGAUAGCAACCCGUUAACACAGAAUUAA